CGGGCCGGGCAGGGCCGCCGCCCCGGGAGCGCGCGGCCGCCUCGGGAGCGCGCCCGGCCCGAGGAUGCGCCAGGCGGGAGAACGCCGGUGGCCCGGCCGGGCACAGGAUUUUCCAGCUGCCGCUGUCUCAGGCAGGGUCCUCAUUGCCACCUUCGACCUCGGGCGGCUCCGUGGGAAGUGUUGUGCCUGGUACGGGGCCUUUGCUGCUGUACAUCCAGACCAGGAAGGACGGAGUGCUGUGCUGGGCUUGUCUCGAGGAACUGUGGCUGGAACACCAAGCUGAGGAGCCGAACAUUUUAUUGAAGGCCUGUGUGUAGACCCUGAUGCUUGAAUGAAUGAAUGAAGAAUAAAAAUGCUCCCUGGAGUGGGCGUGUUUGGAACUGGUAGUGCUGCCCGGGUCCUGGUACCCUUGCUGAGGGCAGAAGGCUUCUCCAUUGAAGCCCUUUGGGGGAAGACUGAAGAGGAAGCCAAGCAGCUGGCAGAGGAGAUGAACAUCUCCUUCUACACGAGUCGGACUGACGAUGUCUUGCUGCAUCAGGACGUGGAUUUGGUUUGCAUCAACAUCCCUCCACCACUAACUCGGCAAAUUGCUGUGAAGGCUCUAGGCAUAGGGAAGAACGUGCUGUGUGAGAAAGCUGCUACCUCUGUGGAUGCCUUCAGGAUGGUCACGGCCGCCAGGUAUUACCCCAAGCUGAUGAGCAUCGUUGGCAACGUGCUGCGUUUCCUGCCCGCCUUCGUGAAGAUGAAGCAGCUGAUCGAGGAGCACUACGUGGGCAACGUCAUCAUCUGCGACGUGCGAGUCUACGGGGGCAGCCUGCUGAGCCACAAGUACAACUGGAUCUGCGACGAGCUCAUGGGAGGGGGCGGGCUGCACACCAUGGGCACCUACAUCAUCGACCUCCUCACUCACCUCACCAGCAGGAGGGCAGAGAAGGUCCACGGCUUGCUCAAGACCUUCGUGAAGCAGAACACGGCCAUCAGCGGCAUCCGCCACGUCACCAGCGACGACUUCUGCGUCUUCCAGAUGCUCAUGAGCGACGGUGUCUGCUGCACUGUGACUCUCAACUUCAACAUGCCCGGGUCGUUCACGCACGAGGUCAUGAUCGUGGGCUCUGCCGGGCGCCUCGUGGCUCGCGGGACAGACCUGUACGGGCAGAAGAACACGGCGCUCCAGGAAGAGCUGCUGUUCACAGACUCUCUGCCUGUCAACAAGGGCCUGCUGGACACGGGGUUUAAGGACAUCCCGCUGCUUUACCUGAAGGGAAUGGUGUACAUGGUGCAAGCCCUGCGGCAGUCUUUCCAAGACCAGGACGACCGUCGGACGUGGGAUCAUAAACCUGUGUCCAUGGCAGCCUCUUUUGAAGAUGGUCUGUACAUGCAGAGUGUGGUAGAGGCCAUCAAGAAAUCGAGUAGGUCGGGUGAGUGGGAGACUGUGGAGGUGAUGACCGAGGAACCAGAUGCCAACCAAAACCUCUGUGAGGCACUUCAAAGAAAUAACUUAUGAACAUUCCUUCCUUGGAAAACGGGACAAUUAACACUUCUGGCUGUAAUGUAAAAAAAAACCCCAGUUUUUAAGAAAUGUAGAUUCUUAUUUAAUAGCCUGAGUUUCUUCGUUUUUUUAAAACAUGUAAAAUAUGUUCUGAUAGAGGAACAGUUCUGGUUUAAAUUGUUUAAAGAGUUUUAAAUGUUUCUGUUUUUUGCAAACAUUUAAUUUUUGUCUUGGAAACUGGUAGGAAAACUUGAAUUGCCCUUUGCACUUGCAGUAGCUGAAGUGAAUUGUGGGCUCUCUGCCGUUGUGUGGCUUGGAAAUGGGACACAACCCCUGUUGCACAGGUUGCUGAUUUAAUCAUGAGAGCAUGUAGAGCAAGAUCAGGGAGUAUCUGUUGUUCAGAUGCCUUUUUCUUCUCUCUUGGAGACUGAUUUAUGUUUUAAUCCUCAGUUUGUAAAAUUUUAGAAAAGAGUUUAGUGAUGUAACACGUCUCUAAACUCCUAUAGGACAAAAAGUAGAAGGAAUGAAUUAAAGUUAGUAAUAUAAGGAUCAGCCUGUAUGCGGAAUGUCUUUUGGCUUCCUGUAUGCGGAAUGUCUUUCAAAUUCAUUCAGACUGAUGUUUUAUUUAAAUGAUACUAUAAUUCUCUGUUGUUGGUGUCUUGGCAGGAAAAUCUUCAGGAAGUCUGUGAUGCAUUGAGCUAUUCUUCCAUUUCUGUAGACAUUAUUCCUUCUACUCAAGAGGCUGCCUGCAUCCAGCAGCUGUUUUUCCAUAAGCUCUGUGCUUAUGUCAGUUGUGUUUACUGCCUGGCAGCACCGGUGCCGUGCCUGUGGGGCCACCUUCUCCUUUCUGUGACUGUUAAUAAAUAAAUGCCUCCCAGGCUCACGGGAUUGCCACAGUGUCAUGGGUAACAAAGUUGUACAGCCUGAACCCUUCAGGGACCUGAAAGUGGAAGGAAGGGGGUAUUUCCUACCUCUUGCAGCUCUCUUAACGUGCUGGCUGGGUAACUGUCACACUACACACAUCCUGAUAGUCGAGAGAACAGGGACUGAACUGCCAUGGUAAAUGUGCUCUUGAUCUCAAACACUGGCCAUUAACCCUCUGGUCCAGCCCAUCUUCACGCUCUCCUGCAGCUGGUGUCCAGAGGAGAGAUUUGUUGGCAGGCAAUGGGGUGGAAGUUCAUUCCUUUUGAGAAAUGUUUCUCUCUGAGGCAGGUAUGUGGAAAGGUUAGUCUAAUUUUACUACAUUUGUUUUGUGUACUUGAAAGCUUUUUUUAAAAAUGUAUUUCCCACUAAAUUGUAACCCUGUGUAUUUAUGUAUAUUAACAUGCACGCUGCUGUUUCAUAAGCUGGACCUUCCUGAAAAGUAUCAUGUUUUCUACAAAAAUAAAAAGUUGUGUUUGUUGAGGGAA